AGGAUUGUUGGCGGUACGACUGCCAUCAGAGGCAGCUGGCCAUGGAUGGUUUCCAUGAAACUAGCUGGACAACAUUGGUGUGGUGGAGUUCUCAUAUCCAAACAAUGGAUAGUCUCAUCAGCUCAUUGUAUAUUGGGUAGAUUUAAUCCUGGAUUCAAUAUAACAGAACCUGAAAGUGAACAGAGAUUCAAUAUAUCUGGUGCACCGAUAUUUUAUGACAAUAUUAAUAUCAAACAAAUUUAUUCUGGAAAACCGUUUGACAAUGAUUUAGUUCUCUUAAAACUGGACAAACCAGUUGAAAUCACCAAAUAUGUGAAACCGAUCUGUUUACCCAAGAAGAGAGAAGAUUCAGAGAGUGGCACUCGAUGUGUUAUCACGGGGUAUGGACAAAUUGCUCCUAAUGUUGGGAUACCAGUGAAGCUGAAACAAGCUAUAGUACCUAUAGUGGACUAUGAUAAAUGCCAUAAGUUACAAGGUUAUGAUGAGUUUUUAACACCCAGAAUGCUCUGUGCUGGAUAUGAAUAUGGUGGAGUUGAUGCCUGUAAGCUGGACAGUGGUGGUCCAUUACAAUGUUUCAGUAGAGAUCGGUGGAUAUUAACUGGAAUAACAUCUUGGGGUGAUGGAGGUGGAGAAAGCUGUGCUGAACCUUUAAAACCAGGUGUAUAUACAAGAAUUACCAGCUAUGUACACUGGAUACAAACUAUGUUAUAUAAAGACUAUGUUCACUACAAUAGAAUACCCUGA